AUGUCUGACGAAAUUACAAAUUAUUUUAACGUCGCUGUGGAAUUAGUGAAAAAUGCUGGAAACCUUAUAAGUGAGUUCCGAUCAGGUUGUAAAGUUUUCGAAGUUAAAUCAUCGGAUAUUGAUUUAGUAACAGAAAUAGACAAGAAAGUUGAGGAAACACUUAUAGGGGGUUUAUCGAAGAGUUUUCCUAGUCACAAGUUUAUUGGGGAAGAAUCUGUUGCCAGCGGAGACAAAUGUAUACUUUCAGACGAUCCCACAUGGAUCAUUGAUCCAGUCGAUGGAACCCUUAAUUUUAUUCACGGCUAUCCUUGUAGCUGCAUUUCUCUUGGUCUAGCCAUAAACAAAAAGGUUGUAGCCGGUAUCAUAUAUAAUCCUGUCUUAAACCAAUUAUUCACAGCUAUUGAAGGUAGAGGUGCUUUCCUUAACAGUACACCCAUACAUGUGUCCCAGGUUAAAGAGUUGAAAAAUGCUCUAAUAUCAUUUGAAGCUGGGACGAGCCGUGAUGAAGAAAAACAGAAACUGGUUUUAGAGAAUUUUGAAUUAAUAACUACAAAGGGACAAGGUGUCCGAUGUUUGGGAUCUGCGGCUCUAAAUAUGGCCAUGGUUGCAAUGGGAGGUUCGGAUGCUUACUUUGAAUUCGGCAUACAUGCUUGGGAUAUAGCAGCGGGAGAUAUUAUCAUUAGAGAGGCGGGUGGGGUGUGUAUUGAUCCCGCUGGAGGACCUCUUGAUCUACUGUCUAGAAGAGUUCUAUGUGCCUCCACUCCCGAACUUGCCCAGGAAUUAGCCAAAUCUCUUAAACAAUUUUAUCCUGAACGUGAUUAA